AGUCUACACCAUCCACCCCUACCAGCACCAACCCCCCUGUCUCCAUUUGCAUUUUCCUCUCCCUCUCUGCCGUUCAUCCUCUCCGCCAUUUGCCAUGGAUCCGGUCACCGAAUGGGGGAACACGCCGUUGGCCGCGGUGGAUCCCGAGAUCCAUGACCUGAUCGAGAAGGAGAAGCGCCGGCAAUGCCGGGGGAUCGAGCUCAUCGCCUCCGAGAACUUCACCUCGUUCGCCGUCAUCGAGGCCCUCGGCAGCGCCCUCACCAACAAGUACUCCGAGGGCAUGCCUGGGAACCGCUACUACGGUGGCAACGAGUACAUCGACGAGAUCGAGAACCUCUGCCGCUCCCGCGCUCUCCAGGCCUUCCACUUGGACCCCACCAAAUGGGGUGUCAACGUGCAGCCUUACUCGGGAUCUCCGGCGAACUUUGCCGCCUACACUGCUGUGCUCCAGCCCCAUGACCGUAUCAUGGGUCUGGACCUUCCCUCUGGUGGGCACUUGACACACGGGUACUACACCUCUGGAGGGAAGAAGAUCUCAGCCACCUCGAUCUAUUUCGAGAGCUUGCCUUACAAGGUGAACUCGAGCACUGGGUAUAUCGAUUAUGACAAGUUGGAGGAGAAGGCUUUGGACUUCAGGCCCAGGUUGAUCAUUUGCGGCGGCAGUGCGUAUCCCAGGGACUGGGAUUAUGCCAAGUUCAGGCAAGUUGCUGAUAAGGUUGGAGCCCUUUUGCUCUGUGACAUGGCUCACAUCAGUGGUCUCGUUGCUGCUCAGGAAGCUGCAAACCCCUUUGAGUACUGCGACAUUGUCACCACAACGACCCACAAGAGCUUGAGGGGUCCUAGGGCUGGGAUGAUCUUCUACAAGAAAGGCCCGAAGCCGCCCAAGAAGGGCCAGCCCGAGGGUGCAGUCUAUGACUUCGAAGACAAGAUCAAUUUCGCUGUGUUCCCUUCUCUUCAGGGUGGUCCCCACAACCACCAAAUCGGUGCUCUUGCUGUUGCCCUGAAGCAGGCCUUGACCCCUGGCUUCAAGGCUUAUGCUAAGCAAGUGAAGGCCAACGCUGUUGCCCUUGGGAACUACCUCAUGAGCAAAGGAUACAAGCUAGUUACGGGCGGGACUGAGAAUCACCUCGUCCUGUGGGACCUUCGUCCUCUUGGAUUGACUGGUAACAAGGUUGAGAAACUUUGUGAUCUCUGCAACAUUACUGUGAACAAGAACGCUGUCUUCGGUGACAGCAGUGCCUUGGCUCCUGGUGGUGUUAGAAUUGGAACUCCUGCUAUGACUUCACGAGGAUUGGUCGAGAAGGACUUUGAGGAGAUCGGGGAGUUCCUCCACAGGGCCGUAACCAUCACGUUGAGUAUCCAAAAGGAGCAUGGGAAGCUCCUGAAGGACUUCAACAAGGGCCUUGUUAACAACAAGGAGAUGGAGGCCCUCAAGGCUGAUGUCGAGAAGUUUUCCGGCUCCUUCGACAUGCCCGGAUUCGUCAUGUCCGAUAUGAAGUACAAGGAUUAAGAGGAUGAUUACUCCACCGAAGGAUGUCUGUUGCACUGAAAAUCUUACCAUUUGUCUGUUUUGGUUUUGAAAUUUAUAUUUAUAAAGCUUCACUUCUCAUGAUAA